AUCUCCCCGAGCCGCGCAAACAACCUCGUCUCCUCCGACUCCGAUGGCCUCCGCCUCCUUCCUCCCCCACACGCCCACCCCGCGCCCCCACCUCGCCGUCGCCCUCCCCUCACCCUCGCGCCACCGUCCCCCGUCGGCAUUCUCCAGCGCCCUGUCGCCGCCGUCGGCAGCAGCGGAGGAGGAGGAGAAGGCCGACGCCGCCGGAGAGGCGGCGCCGGCCCGUGGAGGUGGGAAGGAGCGGCGCCGUGUGGUGCGCAGAGCGUGGGAGAAGCUCGUCCGGUGGUCCCGGUCCUGGCGCCGCCGCAACCGGAGCGACGUGCUCGAGACCACGCGCAAGGUGGUGGUUCUUGGAGGCGGGUCGUUCGGGACGGCCAUGGCAGCGCAGGUGGCGGCCAAGAAGGCCGACCUCGAGGUCUCCAUGCUGCUCCGGGACGACCUCGUCUGCCGAUCCAUCAACCACCGCCAUAUCAACUGCAAAUACUUACCAGAUCACAGAUUACCCGAAAAUAUCACUGCAACAACUAGUGCUAGUGAUGCUUUAGCAGGAGCUGAUUUCUGCUUCCAUGCUGUCCCAGUUCAGUUCAGUUCAUCCUUUCUUCAGGGUAUUUCAACUCAUGUUGAUCCAAAGUUGCCGUUCGUAUCACUUAGCAAAGGGCUAGAACUUAACACCCUUCGGACAAUGUCCCAAAUCAUCCCUCAAGCACUGGGGAAUCCUCGCCAACCGUUUAUUGUUCUGUCAGGACCUUCUUUUGCAGUCGAACUGAUGAACAAGUUGCCAACAGCUAUGGUGGUGGCAUCCAAGGACAAAAAGUUGGCAGCUGCUGUUCAGCAGCUUUUGGCCUCUCCGAAUUUGAGAAUAAGCACAUCAAAUGAUGUUACAGGUGUAGAAAUUGCGGGAGCACUUAAGAAUGUUCUUGCAAUAGCAGCAGGUAUAGUAGAAGGUAUGCACCUUGGAAAUAACUGUAUGGCGGCCCUUGUUGCCCAAGGCUGUUCGGAAAUACGAUGGUUAGCAACAAAGAUGGGAGCAAAGCCAACAACCCUUGCUGGUUUGUCUGGCUCAGGUGAUAUCAUGCUUACAUGUUUUGUCAAUCUUUCGCGGAAUAGAAAUGUUGGACUGCGUCUUGGUUCCGGUGAAAAACUAGACAAAAUCAUGAAUUCUAUGAAUCAGGUUGCUGAAGGUGUAUCAACUGCUGGUGCUGUCAUCGCAUUGGCUCAGAAGUACCAUGUAAAAAUGCCAGUCUUGACAGCAGUAGCACGGAUAAUUGACAAUGAACUAACCCCAAAGAGGGCUGUUAUGGAGUUAAUGAAUCUUCCACAGGUUGAGGAAGUCUAACAACAAUCCAAUGGAAUGAUUUCACUGACUGUGCCGGUCUGCUGCGCUCAAACUAAAUCAAUAGUAUGCUCCAAAUGGGCUUGGCCAUUUCUGAUCAUCUUCAUAUUCAGAAGAUGCUCUCUUCUCUCUCCUGACCCAUUUGUGCUUCCAUAUAUGAAACUGAUCUUUUACCCCCACGAGAAAAGAAUGUGUACCUGCGUACGCUUAUGCACAGAUGCAGAGAGGAUGUAGUUUAUAGCACUAGAAUGAAAUUGGACAGUGUCUCAUGCUUGUCCAAAAGAUCACAGUUUUACUUCUGAUCUUUUUAGAAUCACUUGAUCAAUGAAUAUGAUUCUUUCUUUA